AUGAGUAGGAGAUACAGUCCGGCUUAUUACAGCCCUCCGAGGAGAGGAUACGGUGGUCGAGAUAGAAGCCCUCCUCCUCCUCCUCCUAGACGUGGUUAUGGUGGUGGUGGUGGUGGUGGUGGUGGACGCAGGGGAUCUAGCUCUGGAAGUCUCUUGGUUCGAAAUAUUCCACUAGAUUGCAGGCAGCCUCGUGGUUUUGCUUUUGUGGAGUUUGUUGAUGCAUAUGAUGCUGGAGAAGCUCAAAGAAGUAUGAACAGGAGAGUAUUCGCUGGGAGAGAGAUAACUGUUGUUGUUGCCUCAGAGUCUAGGAAAAGACCUGAGGAGAUGCGUGUCAAGACUAGGACUCGUAGCAGGGAACCUUCUGGCUCUAGAGGACGGUCUCGUUCACGUUCAAUCUCUAGAUCACGUUCUCCACGCCGUCCAUCAGACUCUAGAAGCAGACGCCGAUCAAGGUCUUAUUCUCCUGCACCAAGAAGAAGAGGAGCAGACUAUUCAGCAUCUCCAAGGAGAAGACGUGAGGAACGUCCACGAUCACCACCACCAAGAGGUCCUCCUCGAGGAGGAGAAGAAGAUGGAAAAUACAGUCGCAGGUCUUAUUCACCUGGCUAUGAAGGUGGUGGUGGUGAUGCUCCAGACCGGGACAGAAAUGGAGAGGAUGAGAUUAGAGAGAAACCGGGGUAUGAAGCAGAGGAAAGGCGUCGUGGGGGAAGAGCAGUUUCAAGGUCGCCAUCUGGAUCCAGGUCCAGAUCUGUGGAGGCAUCUCCAAGAUGA